UGAUAAUAUCCGAUAAACACUUGGUCGUCUUGAUACGGUGUAAACAGAAUCGUUCAGUUUUAAAACGUUUCGUCGAAAUAUAUGAGUGAGGUUCCUAAGAACUUUUUUAACAUUUUCGUCAAGCUUUUUAAAAGUCGUCGUUGUGUUAUUAGCCAGCGAACGCUAUAAUAGCGAAAGGCUAAUGACAUUAGGCUAACGUGCUAGCAGUGAGCGUGCCCCGUGUUAUUUUCUAAAGUAGGAUAAUUUACGUGAAGAAGAUCUAGUCAUGUCGUUGGCAUCCUGAGAUUCAUUACAGACAGUCAUGGUCGGUGACAUUUGUAAGUAACUGGCGUCAACGAGAACGUUAGCCCUAAACGACCUCCGUCUGCUGAGUGUGGAGAAAUGAACACGCCGCUCGGAAAGAACGGGUUAAUCGGGCUUGCUGUCGGAGCUACAGCGGGCUUGGGCUUGAUUGCCUUCCUAAUUUUCAGAGAGGUCAGAAGGAGAAAAUCCCAGACAGUAGUGCUGGAGGCACGGCCAGCUCCUCGGCUGUUUGAUGGAGCUGAUGGAGCAGCGCUGCUGCGGGAGGUGCUGGAUGCUGAAGAGGAAGAGACCCAGCAGCAGGCUCUGGCAGCAGUGGAAGCAGUGGUGCAGGGCCUGUCCCCAGAGCAGCAGCAGGAGCUCAGGAACCAGCUGGACCAGGUACUGAACUGCGUCUCAUCGCUGCGUUCAGAGGUGGCCGAACUGAGGGGCGGCCUGCAGGACAUUGCCCUGCAAAUCAUCCAGGACGUCAAAAAGGGAGUGGAGGACAGUCAGCGGGUACGGCGCCGCCGCCAUUUUGUCCAUAGGGAGCGCACUGACUCCACCAGCUCCAGCUCCAUCUACUUCACUGCCAGCCAGGGCAUGGCCAGCACGUAUGAAGAUACCAGCGAAGGAGGGUACUCAACAGCCUGUGCGGAGUCCGACUACACCGACCGUGACACAGACAGAGAGGAGGGUGAGGGUGAGCGUGAGCCUGACCAGGAGUCUGAGGAAGAGGAAGACAGAAGCUGUGCCACUGUCCUCACCCUCCGCCAGGAAGGCUCUCAGGAAGAUGAGGUAGAGGAGAGAGUGUUAGAGGAGGAGGAUGAGGAGCAGGAGGAAGAUGAGGGGAGGCUGCAGCUGGUGUCUGAAGUUCCCAGUGGGGAGUUGGCUCUCCUGCUGGCUCAGAGUGACAUCCUUCACACAGGAGAUGCCAGUUUAAAGGCAGAAGGCUUUCGCCUGCUGCUGGACAGCAGAGCAGAGUAUGGAGACAGCAGGGAGUUUCUAUGGCGACUGGCUCGCGCUUAUAGUGAUAUGUAUAAGUCCACUGAGGACAAGCAAGAGAAGAAGACCUACGCACAACAAGGUCGUGAGGAGGCAGAGAUGGCCCUGAAGAAGAACAGCCUCAAUGCAGAGUAUUACAAAUGGUUUGCUGUGCUGACAGGACUGACCUCCCAGCAUGAGAGCAUGCACAGCAAACUGAAGAGCAGCCGCAUAUUAAAGGAGCAUCUGGACCGUGCCAUUGCCCUCAGAGAUGAUGACCCCAUGUGUUUCUACCUGCUCGGCAGAUGGUGCUAUGAGGUAGCCACUCUGGACUGGCUGGAGAAGAAGGCGGCUGCUGCCCUCUACCAGAGCCCCCCCACCACCACACUGCAUGACGCCCUCGAGAACUUCCUCAAGGCUGAGGAACUCAGUCCAGGUUUCUCCAAGACAGUGAGGCUUUACAUCGCAAAGUGUCACAAGGAGCUGGGAAACAUCUCUGAGGCCACAAACUGGACUGAGCUGGCUCUGAUGAUGUCCACAAACACUAAUAACGAUGAAGAAACGUCUAAACUGGAGGCUCAGCUUCGAGACUUGACUGAGAGAAGAAUCUGAACCUUUUUUCCUUACUGAGAUCCAGCAGAUGGAGCCUCUCAGUCGAUGGCACUGAUUGGCUAGUCAGGCCGCCAAUCAUGUGCUCCACAAACGCUCAUCUUCUUUCCCUUCAUUGAUGGAUAUCUUUGGCAUAAUGUCACUGUGAAAUUAUAUGGAGUUUAUUGAUAUAUAUUUACUUUCUGUAAAUAUGACUUAAGUCAGUAUCACAGAUAUAUAUUGUUAUGUAGAUGGUAUCUGUAAUGUUUUUUAAACUAUUUGUUUUAACUGAUUAAACACUACUAGGUUUUUUUCAGCACCAUCAUCUCAAUUCAACAGGCAGAGUUUAAGGAUCAGUUCACCAAAUUACAAAACAAAAUAAAAGCACGCACACACAUAUAUGUUUCUGUCCUUGUGAGGACAUUACCCACCCCCCAACAUUUACAAUCGCAACUAAAAGUUUAACCCCAACCCUAACUAUAACCUUACCCUUAAAACCAAGUUUGACCCCUCAAACAGUCAUUUGAAGGUCUGUCUGAAAGUGAGGACCGGCCAAAUCCUCGCUUCCCAAAGAUGAAAUCUCUCUCCCAAGGUCUGGAACUCAAUUUGGUUCUCACACAGAUACAUGUACAAGUAUACACACACACUUGGAGUGGCAGAUAGUCUUGGUUUGAUUUGUUUAGAGACCAGUCUCCAAGACAAAAAGCUCAAAACCUGGAUAAAUCAAAUGAUCUGCUUGGCUAAAUACACUGCAGUUUUGUUUUUCAUUGGUUGAUUCAGCUUUUUUGAUUUUUAUAAGAAAUGAGUCUCUGAGCAGUGGAUUCUAAUACAGGGACUGAUUGGACCAAAGUCUGCGUCCACAGGGAAAAUACCACAUUUAAACAAUAUUUCUAUCAUGACGUAAACGUGUCUGGAAAUUUACCACAAUGCAAAUUUUCACUGAACACUGACCAAUGUGGUGUAAAAAUGAUGUGGAAAUAGAGCUGGUGAAUCAGGGAUGUUUUAAGAGCUUUAAGGCAAAGAGGGACUAGAAUCAACAGAGCUAAUGAACUUCGUGGAUUAACAGUUAUUGUCCUUUUUUGUAUUGUACACCCUUCAUUCUCACGCUGUUCUGCUGGGCUCUCAUUUGCUCUUUGACAGAUGUUUGUUUCAUGGAGAUAAUUGACCAGACAGAUAGUGAUAACACUGUAGUGUUUUCAUCAUCAGUCGUCAGUCAUCUUCAAACUUAUUUUUUUCAGUUAAGCUCAAUUUUCAAACCACUGAACGACCCUCCAGUUGUGAAGUAUAAAGCAACUGCACUUUGUCAUUUUAGAUGGCGGCAAAGAUUCAAAGUGCAGAGCCUUCUGUUUGGUUGUGACUUUUGUAGCCUAACUUUAGUUUGAGGGUAUUUGCUGCCUUUGAACUCCUGAGUGAGUGUGUUUACCUUCCUGUUAUAUUCUGCAGUGUGUUUGCAGUUUACUUUGUGAUCCAACGUAUGUUAAUGACACUUUGUUUUCUAUUUAUUUAUUUAAGGUUAAUUUUGCACUGCUGUUGCUAACUGACAAAUGGAUAAUACUGAAUAAAAUUCU